UUUCCGGAGGAAAAAAAAUCACUCCUCUCUUUGACUAUUAUUAUUAUUAUUUUGCUCGGGCACGAUGGCAGCGAUCCCUCCUCAUCCAUGGCUCUCGUCCUUCGCUAGUGAUUCAUCAUCUGGAAAAGGACAGCUCAGCUCUUCAGCCCGCCUCAUCGCCGUCGCCUCCGCCCUCCGCCUCGGCCGCCUCCUCCGCCUCCGCUGCACCGCCCGUCUCCACCUUGCCCUCUUCCCUCACCCGACGCCGCGGGAAGGAUAUCUCUUGAGCAAAAUCCAUGAUGUUUGGCACCAAAGAACUCUUGCUGAUGCCCUUUCAACAUCAUGUUUUUCUUUUUUCAAUGGAGGGGGGUCCGAGAAGGGACACAAGUUUCAGUCUGAUGCCUCCAGAGGAAACUACGCCCGCGGGAGGCUAUGGACAAAUGUUAUCCUCGCCGUUAAUGUUCUUUGUAGAUAUUGUUUCCAUUUGCUACCUUCCGCAAUUUUGUACACUUCCAUUCCUUUUGUAUUUCUUUGGACCAUCGUCUUUUCCAACCCCGAAGACAUUAUUCUUUGGACACAAUUACAAAGGGUCUAUGUUGCACAGGUUGCUUCUCAAGGGAGGUUAACUUUGUGGGGAGCUAAGGUCAACAGUCUGAUCGAUAAAGGACAAUUGUGGAGAUUGGCUACGUCGUCAUUUCUUCAUGCAAAUAUUGCACACCUCCUGGUCAAUUGUUACUCUUUGAACUCGAUUGGCCCUACUGUGGAGCAAUUGAGUGGACCUAGACGGUUUACUGCAGUAUACUUCACUUCAGCAAUAGCAAGUACGCUGGUGAGCUACCGGUUCUGCCAAUCUCCUGCUGUUGGUGCAUCGGGAGCCAUCUUUGGAUUAGUGGGUUCUCUCGCAGUGUUUGUCUUGAGACAUAGAAGUCUGCUGGGAGGAGGAAAGCAGGAUCUAGAGGAAAUUGCUCGUGUGAUAGCCCUUAAUAUGGUUAUUGGGCUUGUGUCUAGAGGCAUCGAUAAUUGGGGUCAUUUGGGAGGGCUACUAGGUGGAGCUGCUAUGUCGUGGGUUCUUGGCCCUGCGUGGAAGUACGAAAUCAAGCUUAAAGAUGGAGGGUCAGUUUUUGUUGACAGACCUCCAAUCUCUCAUUUCAUCAAUAGGAGAAGAUUAAACUAGAGCAAGUCAUCGGGUAUUGGGUCAUAGCUGCAUAUAAUUCGUCAUGUCUCGGACGCUGCAAGAUGGUGGGGGAAAUCGCAUAAAGAGAUAAGCACGUGGAUUUCUGAAGCAAAGUGGCCCUUUAGAGAGAUUCAAAGGGCGAAGUUUUAAUUGUUGUACAAAAGAUAGAUGUAAAUUUUAUUCAUCUUUGUUGUAUAAGUAAGUUGUAAUGACAUCCGCUGAGACCUCUUUCACCGUUUUCACAUGUUUAAUGUUGGUGAAGAUUCCCCGGACAUCCAAUUUAGAUAUUGUAGACGGAAGCGUUCAUUA